CCAAUGAGAAAGGCUCCGACCUGAGCGAGAUUUUGAAACAUGUAAAGUGUGUUCACUAAGUUUAUUAUUGUAGCACCAUUGUUAUCAUCUGCUUAGAAGACCCAUUCCACAUUAAACGAAAACGACGCAGGAAAUACAUUGCCCUUGAGGAUGUUUGCCCGUAAGAAGAUUUCAGAAAAUGUUGAUCCUCUGAAUAGAGGCAUUGGAUCAAAGAAGGUAGUUGAGGGUCCAGCCAAAGGUGGACAGGCAAAGCUAAAAAGAACAGGAAUACAGACAAGAAGAGCUGCUUUUGGAGAUAUUACAAAUGCUACGAUAGACAAAAUAAUCGAUGAUGGGAAGAAAAAAAUUCCAGUUGCUCUUAAACCAGUCACCAAAGUCCACAAUGCUGUUAACAAGACAACACGAUCUUCAACCAAAGCCAAGGAAACAAAAAAGGACAGUGAAAUUCAGCUGUCAAAGCCCUCUGCUGUUACAAAUAUUCCUUCUCAUGAGUCUUUAGUCCAAAGUGAACAGGCCUUGAAAAACCUUGCUGCUGGCGUCCCAGUGGAUAGAGUAGAGGAGGAUUUCUCUUUCAUUGCUGACACAUCAUGUGACAGUGAAAAGUUAGAGCAACCAGAAAAAAGCUUGCUCUCAGUUGAUCAAGAGAACUACACAGAUGUCUUCAAUGUUGGGAUUUAUGCUCAGGAUAUAUUUGAUUAUUACAAGCGCAGAGAAAAAAUGUUCCGCAUCCCAGCCUACUUGAAUGGGAAAGAGAACUCUAUUACUGCUGCAAUGAGAUCCAUCUUAGUUGAUUGGAUGGUGGAGAUACAAGAGAACUUUGAAUUGAACCAUGAAACCUUGUACCUGGCAGUCAAGCUGACAGAUAUAUAUUUAUCCAGAGUCAAAGUAGAUAAGGAUGUCUUACAACUUGUUGGAGCUGCUGCCGUUUUUAUUGCUUCUAAAUUUGAUGAACGUUGCCCUCCUUUGAUAGAAGACUUCACUUACAUUUGUGACAAUGCUUUCGAUCGUGACCAGUUCAUUCAUAUGGAGAUGGAAGUUUUAAGAAAAGUGGAUUUUGAUUUGGGCAUCCCUAUCUCUUACAGAUUUUUGCGUAGAUAUGCAAAGGUUGCUCGUCAGUCCAUGGAAACUUUGACCCUGGCUAGAUACAUUUUAGAGUUGUCACUCAUGGACUACAGCUUUGUAACAGAAAAGGACUCCAUGAUUGCUGCUGCUUCACUAUUUAUUGCACAAAAGAUGAGGAAAGAAGGAUCAUGGGAAGGAGAUGUUGUCAAAGGAAGUGGAUAUAAACUAGAUGACUUCAAGCACUUAGUGGUGAUGCUCAACCAAAUGCUUCUUAGUCCUGCUCUUCCACAGUUGUCCACCAUUCGCUGUAAAUAUUCUCAUGCUGUUUUUCAUGAGGUUGCAAAGAUUUCACCUCUGUCUACUGAAGAGCUGUUGCAAUCAUCAUAACUGAGAGCUGUUGCAUGUGGAUGGGAAUUCUUCUUGUAAAUGUCAGAUGAGUAAAUGGAUAAACUGAUCAAAAUAUUUUAUUUUAGGUUCUAUACAUUUUUAGCUGUUAUAUAAACAUUUUAGCUGAAUACAGUUUCAUUGUACACCAUUAAAAAUUUUUAUAGGACUAUUUGCAUACACUUGAUUCGGUAAAUUUUAAACUUGUUUAUUGGUUGGUUGUUUAUUUUAAGCCAUGUACAGAUUGCAUAGAAGUUAGCAUGAGGAAAACACUUAACAUUUAUUUAAAACUGGUAAUCCAUGCAGAAUGAAUGUAACCUAUCCAUAGCAGUGUUUAAAUUUGAUUUAGGCGGAGAAUCCAUUUUGUGACCUAGCAGCUGCAAGUCACCUGCAAGGGUAUCAGGCCCACUUGUUUGUUAGAACUGACUUGUUUACCUUUGUUAGCAUCUGAUCAUUAUUCUGUACAGUUGUCACCUACUUCUUGUAUAAUGAUUGUUGGUAAAUCAUGCACAUGUAUAAAAGGAGCACAUGUAUUUGUAUGAGAGAUCUAUGCAUUCUUUAUGAGCUUGAAGUAACUGAUUCAACCCCCUUGAUUAUGUGGACUUUGUACUUGUUUUUUAGAAAUGAUUUUACCAAUAAAAAUUCAAGUUUGUUGUUGUGA